CGGGCUCCCCUGCGGCCGGGCUCAGGGGUGCCCCGAGGUCCUCGCUCCGCCCCGCCCAGUCCAGUCCAGUCCCCCGGCCCGGACAGGCCGGCCGGCAGCAGGCGCCCCGCCGCGCCAUGGGGGCCCCGCGCGCGCUGCCGCUGCCCCUGCUUCUGCUCCUGGCGUGGCGCGGGGCGCCCGGCGGGGCCACCCCCACCCAGGACGGCAUGUGGCAGGAGCGGGACGUGGAGUCAGGGACUCUGGCUCCCAUGGACAAGGCCGUGGGCUCCACAGGCUGGAGCGCCCCCGACAGCCAAGACAGCCAACCCUGGACAUCAGAUGAGACGGUGGUGGCCGGGGGCACUGUGGUGCUCAAAUGCCAGGUGCGGGAGCAUGAAGACUCAUCCCUGCAGUGGUCCAACCCUGCCCAGCAGACACUGUACUUCGGGGAGAAGAGAGCCCUUCGAGACAACCGGAUCCAGCUGGUAAAGUCGACCCCAUAUGAGCUGAGUAUCAGCAUCAGCAGUGUGGCCCUUGCGGAUGAGGGCGAGUACACAUGCUCCAUCUUCACCAUGCCUGUGCGCACCGCCAAGUCUCUGGUCACGGUUCUAGGAAUUCCACAGAAGCCCAUCAUCACGGGGUACAAGUCUGCACUGCGGGAACAGGAGAGUAUCACCCUGAGAUGUCAGUCCUCUGGGAGCAAGCCCCCAGCCGAGCUCACCUGGAGGAAGGGGGACCAGGAGCUGAAGGGGGAGAACAGUUGGAGCCAAGAAGACCCCAAUGGCAAGACCUACACCGUGAGCAGCUCUGUGACCUUCCCGGUGUCCCAGGAGGAUGAUGGCGUGGAUGUCGUGUGUGCUGUGAAGCAUGAGUCUCUGAAGGGGGCCGACAGGUCCACUGCACAGCGCAUUGAAGUUCUGUACACACCUACGGCCACCAUUAGGCCAGACCCGCCACAUCCCCGUGAGGGCCAGAAGCUGCUGCUGCACUGCGAGGGCCGUGGCAACCCUGCCCCCCAGGAGUUCCUAUGGGAGAAGGAGGGUUCCCCAGCCCUGAAGAUGACACAGGAGCGCGCCCUUAUCUUCCCACUCCUCAACAAGAGUGACAGUGGCAUCUAUGGCUGCACAGCCACCAGCAACAUGGGCAGCUACAAGGCCUAUUACACGCUGAACGUGCAUGAUCCCAGCCCGCUCCCCUCGGCCCCCAACAACUACCAUGCCAUCAUUGGUGGGAUCGUGGCAUUCGUUGUCUUCCUGAUGCUGAUUCUGCUCAUCUUUCUCGGCCACUACCUGAUCCGACACAAAGGCACCUACCUGACUCACGAGGCAAAAGGCUCUGAUGAUGCUCCGGACGCAGACACGGCCAUCAUCAACGCAGAGGGUGGGCAGGCUGGCGGCGAGGACAAGAAGGAAUAUUUCAUCUAGGGCCGUUGGGCCCCGCAAGCCUGCACCAACGGGACUUGUACAGAGCGACCUGGGCCACCCUCCUGCUUGCUCCUGAGCCCCCACCCCUGUACAGAAUGUCUGCUUUGGGGGGCGGUUUUGUACUCGGUUUGGGAUGGGGAGGGAGGA